UUUUUAUUUUGUAGCCCUGUCCCCCCUUCACCCCGUCACCCCUGAUUUCCUAGGAAUUCCUCAAUUCCUUGUGAAUUGCUUGUUUCAUCCUCAAGGAGCCUUCUUCCUAAUGAAACCUGCUUUCCCUUCGUGCCUCCCUCUCGCCUCUCUCCCACUUUCCCAUCAGAGAAGCUUUUGAGUGCCUUGGUUUGCUGUAGGGGCAGCUCCUACCGUAGUGGCUUGAAAUGUAUCAGUUUCAGAAAAUAAUGCGACUGUUGCCCAGCCCGUGCGCCUGCCUCCCAGGGCAGGGACCCACGAGAAGGCGGCGUGAACUCUGCAGGCUGCUGCCCGUGUCCCUGCGGCAGGUGUGCCUGGGCCCCCCAACCUGUUGUGAACACAGUCACGAGCACUUGUGACACCUCGGCUUUUCUGCAGCUUAUAAAACUUGACGUCUCGUGAGUCGUUGGACACCCCAGGACUUAAAAACAAAGGCAUCUUUUGGCAGGUUUAGAACCUAGGGCUUUUUAUUUUAUUAUUAUUAUUAUUAUUUUCGCGCGCUCCCUGAAUGAGAUUCAUUUCCGAAACCCUCGCAGACGAUGUGUUACAUUGAAACGAGAGCAUUUCUGCGGCUCUGGGUUGUUGCUGCCUCUGGAAAAUGCACUCAAGGUAAAGAAAGCUGAUCCUCACCAUAACCUGGACACACUCUGAGUCCCCUCCCCAAGAUGCUGUAUGUGCACAAUGGUUAUUAGGCAACCCACCUAUCAGGAAAAGGGGCAUUCUUCUGGAAGGCUGAUCCCUGUGACCUAAUGAAUCCUUUGUAACAAGUGGACUCAGCUAGGAUGUUACACCACCAUUGUCGAAGGAAUCCUGAGCUCCAGGAAGAGUUGCAGAUUCAGGCUGCGGUGGCUGCCGGGGAUGUUCACACGGUACGGAAGAUGCUAGAACAAGGCUAUUCUCCGAAUGGCCGGGAUGCGAAUGGCUGGACCCUGCUCCACUUCUCAGCAGCAAGAGGAAAGGAAAGAUGUGUUCGUGUCUUUCUAGAACACGGAGCUGACCCCACCGUUAAGGACUUAAUCGGAGGCUUCACUGCUCUUCACUACGCGGCCAUGCACGGCCGGGCCCGCAUCGCACGCCUGAUGCUCGAGUCUGACUACAGGGGCGACAUCAUCAACGCGAAAAGCAACGACGGCUGGACUCCCCUGCACGUGGCUGCGCACUACGGCAGGGACUCGUUUGUCCGGCUGCUGCUGGAGUUCAAGGCCGAGGUUGACCCGCUCAGCGACAAAGGUACGACCCCGCUUCAGCUCGCCAUCAUCCGGGAGCGGUCGAGCUGCGUGAAGAUCCUCCUGGACCACAACGCCAACAUCGACAUCCAGAACGGCUUCCUGCUGCGCUACGCCGUGAUCAAGAGCAACCACUCCUACUGCCGAAUGUUCCUGCAGAGGGGAGCGGACACCAACUUGGGGCGCUUGGAAGACGGACAGACUCCCUUGCAUUUGUCUGCCCUUAGAGACGAUGUGCUGUGUGCACGGAUGUUGUAUAAUUACGGAGCAGACACGAACACGAGGAACUAUGAAGGACAGACCCCAUUGGCUGUUUCAUUAAGUAUUUCUGGAAAUGGUCGACCGUGUUUGGAUUUCUUACAGGAAGUCACAAGGCAGCCCAGAAACUUGCAGGACCUGUGCCGAAUUAAAAUUCGACAAUGUAUAGGCCUUCAAAACCUAAAACUACUUGAUGAACUACCAAUUGCCAAGGUCAUAAAAGACUACUUAAAACACAAAUUUGAUGAUAUCUGAUAGACACAGAACUGUGAGCAAGAUGAGUUCUAUUCCAGAUACUUAAAAGGCUUUUGGCCUUGCACAAAGUAUAUCCUAUGCAAUUUCUGAUUUGCUGUGAGGUCAGAAAGCAGGUAUACACUUUUAGGUUUAUUUUUGUUCAUUUGUUUGUUUGGUUUUCAUUGUAGGGGAGGGUUUUUUUUAUAUAUAUAUAUAUAUAUAAACACACCACAUGCUUGAAGGUCUUAAUUUGGUUUCUUGGUCCAGGUUUCAGAGGUCCAAGCUUUCUAUACAAUAUUGCAUUUACAAAAAAUUGUUUUUCCAAAACGAUGCAGGCAGGUUUGGAGUGGAGAAUUUUUCCCUUCGCAAAAGUCCGGUUUCAUUGGCGUGCAUGUUACUAUAAUCCAGCAGAGCACAUGUUGAAGUUGGGAGUCGUAGUCUCACCCAGGGGGGUCCUGGGCUCUACUGGAAAAUGCCCGAAGAAAUUUUUUAAGUCCUGCUGUCACCUCAUUCAUUUUUAAUGAAUACAAAUCGGCUGUUUUCAAACUGUUCCUUUCCUAAUUACUGUCGCUUUCGGGGGACAUAAAUCCGGUACCUCUGUUUUCCCAUCGGCGUGCUCUUGUUUUUAACUUAUUUUUUUUAAUUUUUUUUUUUUUUUUAGCAACUGCAGUACACUACCCAGAGACAGGGGGCCUCAACUUGUCUCUGUUUGAAUAGUGCUUUUAAAAAAAUUUAAUGAGAAAGAAAAUCACUUUCUAAAGCCACACUGUAUUCUGUUUUUAAAACGCCUCCAGUGCAAUACUUUUUCUGGUGUAUUUUAUACCUUAUUUCAUGUGAUGGUCCUCAUUCCACAGCCGGCUUUGACAUGCCCGUGAGAACAGGAACUGCCACUCUCAUUUUCAUUGCAGGACCAUAGUAUCUCAGUUGCAAUUUCCAUUUUAAGUUUCGUCCUUGACUCCACUGGGAGCAGAAAAUUUCAUAUCCUGGUGGUAGAACAUUCCCGAAAAAUAGCCCCAAAUAUUGUUAAACCAUUUGGCUCUAAAGGCUAAAUAAUACGGGGUGGUUCCAUGGUGGUGGUGGUUUUUCCUCCCCAGUUAAGAAAAACCUCCAAAGGGUAAAACUUCUAAUGGGUGCACAUUUGUAGGUCUGAUUAACGCCUAAUAUGCUAAUGAAACAUUUCCUGUCCAAUUUAAGGCUAGACACAGGGAAGCUCCUCGGGACAGUGAUUUUCAGGGUUGAUGGGGCCCACGCUUGCAGCGUAAAAACGGAUCUGAUAAUGUGUCUGUAAUGAUGGAAAAGCUCCCGGAAGCUGUAGGGUCUGUGGUGGUGCCCUUGGAAAUGGGUGCUGAGCUUGAAUUGUCACCGUUUAGUUCCCCAAAAACCUUUUCAAAUAUCCCAGGAUUGUUCUUAGUGCUUUGGGAAAUUUCAGAGUAGUUAACGCACUGGUAAUAAAUUUCUUAUCAGAAGUUUCCGCAAUAAAGGGGCUUCUCUUGUCUGAGUUGCUAGUUCUAUGUCAUUAAGUAUGAAACUGUUUCACCUGAAGAGUUUAACAGCGGAAUUGGGCAUCUGCUCGCUUGUCACUUUGGGAAGAAGAUGAUUCGGGGGUCACCGAUGGGGGACAUAGGAUGUUUUGUAGGGAGCUAAUGAGCGUGUGGCCAGCAUUGUCACCAUCCCCAAACUGUAACCGCAGCCUGGUGGCUAGAAAUAGGUGGUCUGUUCUUUUCCCCACAAAAACAUCUCCAGAAAGUUAGCUUCCGAGAGAGAGUCCCUUGUGAAAUUGGGAGCCCAGCUGUGUUCUGAUUCUCUAAACUAAUACUCAGUUCAGAGCUAAGACACAGCAGCAGCAGCCCAGACGUGGCACAGCCAGGAAUGAAUUGAGCUUCAGUUCUCCCCCAGCCCCCAGGAGGUGAGGACAUGGGAGGGCGAAUGUCAGUGACAAUUCCCACACGGCUGUUUUCUUCCUAUACCUGUAUUAAUUUAAUCGGUUAAUUUAAAUUAUUUUCUUCCCCCAACUAUUCCAAGGUGUCCAAACCAAGCCACUGAGUUUGAGUCAGGGAAUUCCAAGUACAAAGAUCAGAUUAAGGUAAAUUCUUCGUUCUGUAUUGCUGCUGCGACUUCAGAAAAAAAAUUAUGAGAGCUCCUUCCGGAAUUGAAAUUUCUAUUUAAUGAAGAUGUGUAUAAUUCCAUUAUUUAUUGUUUGAGGUUUGAUUUAUCUGGACACUUAAAGAGAAUGUUUUAUUUUUGUUAAUAAAAAUCCCAAUCACAUAUCAUAUUUCACAGUAA